CACACGGGUACCGGCGAACCAGAGGCAGGGAGCAGGGCGCUAUCGACAGCAACAAUGCCUGUAAGACGACAACGAAACGCAUGGCGCGGGGCAGCAUCACAGAGGCCUCCGGAGUCCUCCGAGCCCACGCGCAGUGGUGCUGCAGUGACCCCUCCCGCCCCCGUCUUGGAAGCAGCCAUUACUGCUCCACCCUCUUCGAAGGCCCUGCAGACACCAGUCCCGCAGGACCUCAUCAUCAAACGAACCACAAGGCCCGAGACACGUGUGUCGGCGCCCAAAUCUCGGUCUUCCAGCGCCUCAGAAAGAGCAAUGGAGGUCGACCCCAAAACCCCGGUGUCAUUGACACAGAAGGACAAGCGCUCUCUCGAGCGUGGCAGUUUGACCUAAGGAUGAUCUCGGAAUACGAUGGAGAAAGAGUCCUAGCCGAAGAAGAAUUGGACUUACUGCCGUACGGAAUGGAUGGUUUCCCUGUUUUGCACGCCAGCGACGACUGCAUCAUUCUGGCAAAGCUGCCCCCACUUGGAACAUCAGCUACAGCGUCGCCGCCAUAUCUGGUUAGCUUACCACAGGGAGUGCUUGCACGCAACGGGAGUUGCGACGAGUUUGGCCGUCAACCAGUGGGCUCUUAUGCAAGGAAUUUCACCGCAAAUGGAAAAGAAGAAGAAAACUGUGUGGAUGAAGACGCGUUCUGCAGACUGGUGGGAACGAAUUGUUGCAAAAGAGUUCACCAAUGCUGACUGGAAAGAAAACUGCAGGAUGAGUCGUGGUUCAUUCAACCACCUAGUCGAACUGAUGGCGCCAUUUAUGUCGCCCAAGCAGUACUGUGUGUGACAACCAAUUCCAUUGGAAAAAAGAGUGGCAAUAGCUUUGUAUAAAAUGGCGAGCUGUUCCGAAUACCAAGUCGUUGCAAAUCAGUUCGGUGUUCAUAAGAGCAGUGUAAAAAAAGUGUGUUUAUAUGUUAUGCUGUACUCUUGUGGAUCUUUACCUCAAACAAUUCAUAAGAUUGCCUUCCAAAGAAGAAGCGGAAGUUAUAGCAAGAAAUUUCGAAAUGAGAUGCCACCUGCCGCAGAUAUUCGGGGUCAUUGAUAGCUCACAUAUUCCUAUUAAGGCGCCCAAGAAGGGUUAUCGGGACUUUGUCAAUACGAAGAUGUGGACGUCGUAUAAUAUGCAAGCAGUAGUGGACGAUCGAGGACGGUAAUUGUCAUCUCAGUGGCAUUUGAUCCAUUUUGGGCCCUUUAAGCUCAUUCUAUUGGAAGCUUGUCCUUGGUUAAGUGUCAUAAUUACAACGCAUGUCUUGCUUUGCAGUGGUGUAAGGCGUUACGACUUAAGAUAACUACAGCAUCGUAACAGUCGUAAUAAAUGAACUUCUGUUUUUUCAGAUUUCGCAGUGUAACAUGCAAUGUGCCCGGUAGUGCUGCCGAUGCCACCGUUCUUAGGCUGUCUUCUGUGUAUCAGAGGAGCGACCAACUGCUACCAAAAGAAGAAAAGGUUUUCCAAGGCAGACCACUUCCCUUCAUGCUGAUAGGGGAUCCGGCGUAGCCUUCUCUGCCAGGGAUACCUAAAGGGUACACCUCCUCCCAGGGACAGCUAUCUUGAGAACAGGAAUCGUUUAAUGUAUAUCAUAGCAGUGGACGCAAUGUUGUGGAACACGCUUUUGGAAGGUUGAAAGGGCGCUGGCGUGUGACCUUGA